CAUAAUCUGCUUAUCUGUUCAUGAAAAAUCUAAAUCCAGAUUAUUCUUUUAGCCAGCAACCGGCCGCCGCCGUUCUCACGGCCGCCAAUGCCAAGCAAAAACGGAACAGACUACAAAUACUAAACCCCAAUGGACUCUCCACCCGUCAAGAGCUGGAGCAUCUACUCUCGCAAAGAGAUCACAUCCAAAUACGAGAUAUUUGAACGGGUCGGGUCGGGCGCAUAUUCCGACGUCUAUAGAGCCCGUCGCCGAUCCGACUCACUCAUCGUUGCUUUAAAAGAAAUCCACGACAACCAAUCGUCCCUCCGCGAAAUUGAAGCCAUACAGGCCCUCCAGAACUGGCCGAAUGUCAUCAUUUUGCACGAGUUCUUCUGGAGUGAGGACGACGACGCUGUUCUGGUCCUUGAGUACCUCCCCGCCGACUUGGGAGAUGUGAUAAGAGCAGCCAAGAAGAAUUGGGAGAAUGGAUUGUCAGUGGGUGAGAUCAAGCGUUGGAUGGUUCAGAUUCUGUCCGCCGUCGAUGCGUGUCAUCGGAAUUAUAUCGUCCAUCGAGACUUGAAGCCUUCAAAUUUGUUGAUUUCCGACGAUGGGCUUCUAAAACUAGCCGAUUUUGGGCAGGCUAGGAUGCUUCGUCCACCUACUCUUGCUGCUGUUCAUGAUGAUGAACACCCUCCCAAUGGAAGUACUCUAGCCCAAAUCAAAGCACCUGAAUCCAUUGCUGUAAUUGGGGAUACAGACAAGCUCAGGCAAAGAUUGGGAGACAUUGAUAAAGAGUAUAGUAUGCCGGACAGGAACACAUGUUGUUUAGCAACAUGUACCAAUAGUGACUUAGAAGGAGAUUAUGAUUCUUCAAAGAGUUGUGAGUACACAUAUGAAGUAGAAGGCGAUGGUGGUGGUGAUAUAAUAGCUCCCCUCACCUCAUGUGUUGGGACUCGGUGGUUUAGAGCACCCGAACUGCUCUAUGGAUCUAUACAGUAUGGGCCAGAGAUAGACAUGUGGUCGUUGGGAUGCAUUUUUGCUGAACUUCUGAGCCUAGAACCACUGUUUCCGGGUACUUCAGACAUUGAUCAGCUGGGAAGAAUUUUCAACGUUUUGGGAGACUUUUCUGAAGAAGUCUGGCCUGGUUGUGUGCAUCUCCCGGAUUACAAUAUAAUUUCGUUCAAUAAAGUGGAGAAACCAAUUGGCCUGGAAGGUUGCCUCGUUAACCGCUCCCCUGGUGAGAUCCUAUUGGUGAAAAAGCUCCUCUGUUAUGAUCCUGCUGGUAGAGCUACAGCCAUGGAACUACUGCUGCAUGAUAAGUAUCUUAACGAAGAACCUUUGCCUGUGGUGGUGUCUGAGCUGAGAGUUCCUCCCAAGUGCAGUGAUGAUCAAGAUGAUGAAGAUCCACUAGGUGAUUACAGAGAUGGUUUCGACUCGGAUUCUGAUUUGGACGAUUUUGGCCCGAUUAAGCUCUCCACGACCAAAAAUGGUUUCUCACUUCAGUUCUCAUGAGCUCUAGGGGUUGGUCAGAUUGUUAGUUGGUCAAAAACUUGUUUGUUUCUUCAAAGACGAAACGUUAGGGUGUAGUUUGGUGGACUGUAAUAUCAUGCCGUGUAACGUAGUCAAAUGCGAUUAUGUUUGUAAUUUAAUUUUAAUCCCAACGUACCGUCCGGUCGGGGUUGGGGGUUUAGUAUAAUUACAUUUCAUUACAUUUCAUCCCUUCUGCUACCAAUGUAUCCUUAUUGUUUUAUUGUUUUUACUUGGACUAAAAUUUGUUGGUCUGGUUUGGCCUGUUUAAGUUUGAUCUAGUCUGAAUUGUUUGGUUUGAUAAGUGUUUAGUCUCUGUGUAUUUUAUAAUUAUGGA